CAUUCCACUCCUGGGGGGAACAUCAGCGCGACGUCCGAGUCGCCGCUCCGCGAUGGGGGAGGGGACCGCAGGGCCAGGACCCAGGUCCUUGGAGACCCGAGCCCAAAGGGCCCAGGGAGGUCCGGUUUGGGGCGGCAGGAGGACUGAACCAAGACUUACCCGAAGUUGCCGCGGGGCCUUCCGAUCCCCUAGGCCAUCGCCCAAGUCUGGCCAGGCUGAUGGGACCAGCGAGGAGUCUCUGCACCUUGACAUUAAGAAACUGAAGGAGAAGAGGGACAUGCUGGACAAGGAGAUCUCCCAGUUCAUAUCUGAAGGCUACAGUGUGGAUGAACUGGAGGACCACAUUACCCAGCUUCACGAGUACAAUGACAUCAAGGAUGUGGGGCAGAUGCUGAUGGGCAAACUAGCUGUGAUCCGAGGUGUCACCACCAAAGAGUUGUAUCCAGAGUUUGGACUGGACAUGAAUGAUUGAGCAGGCUCAUCGCCCCUUGUCCACAGCCCCCAGGGACAGAAGGGUGUGGACAUGAUAAAUGCUGAGAGCCCAACCAGCACACCUAGAGUUUCCAGCAAGAAAAUGCCAGAAGCACUUUUCUAGAGAGCCUAAGCCCAAUCAGGAGGAGGCUAGAGAAGAGGCGGGCAGGGAGGAAGGGGCGUUCCCAGCUCCAAGGUUCCUGAAAUGUCGCAGUGAUACUUGUGUAGGGGUACAUGUACUUUAUUUGUCAAUAAACAUAUCUGUACACUGA